GUAUUAUGGUUACAUGAUCUAUUAUAUAUCCUCUUGAAAUAUAUUGCUGUUGUAGUCUACAAUUUGAAGGUACAGACACCGGUUGGCCCUAACCGCAAACAGGAAGAAGAAACCUCCGCUUAGAGCCGAGAAAAGAUACGAAAUGGAAAGCGUGCAAUAAUUAUUUAAACGUAACUUGAAAUGAUAGUUUCACAUUCUUUUGUGACUAAGUGUUAGGUACAGUCUAAACGCGGAACUCGCUAGGUAAGUAAAGUGAACAAGCGAAGGGACAGCGUUUAGUACAAGGCGAGGAGUGAUUAUAGUGAGUACACUCCCUGCCAGAUAGGCCUGCAUAAUAAGCAACUCUGUGUAACUAGCCAAGCUAACACACUUAGGUACUAGUUAGCUUGUUUACCUGGUUUGAAAACAUCUCUGGACAUCAGUAUUUUUUUUAAAUAAGUAAUGACUUCGGAGGUCAGAAUUUGACGAGGGUAACACAAAUGUCGGCAAACGUGAGUCCUCCAAAUACUGCUUUAGUAGCGGAAUUAUCUUUCUCGUUUCAGGAUGAAUUAACUGCUACUAUUCAAAAUGCAUUAGGAGUAGCAGUGGAGAUAGCGGUGGUUGAGAUUACAAAACUAGUCGGCCAAGUGUUGAGGGACGUGCGGGAUCAAAUGCACGAGACGCUGCGGGACAAUAAGUCCCUAAAGUUUCGCUUGCAAGCAGCCGAACUUGAAUUAUGUGCAGCGCGAGGAGAGGAGUGUCAAGUACAAUCAACAAUAGGGGGAAGAAACAGCACCAAUAGUAGAAUCCAACAGGUUCAUCAGCAGCUGAAUUCUCUAAACGUCUCACAAAAUAAAAUAAAAUCAGGAAGCGAAGGAGAGCGCAGCGUUCUUGAAUCCAAUCAGUCUCUUGGUACAACAAAUGUUGAGGAUGGGUAUGAAGAAUUUGAAUCCGAAGUUGUUGAUAACCCUGCAUUUCUUAACGAGUCGUUUUGUGAGAUCCGUGAGGAUGGUCGGGUGUGCACUCAAGAUAUUAAACCGGAUUUUUUUACUUUAAAUCAGGAAGAUGAAGCUGGAACUAAAGAAGAGGUUGUCUCAAACAUGUACUCAGACAACCAUGAAGAUUUUAACCUAGCAUGCACAGAGCCAACCACGGGACAUGAUACAUCAAGAGCCCAUGCUGACGGCCAUCCCUUCCCUGACGGUACCAUGAAGGAUGCCGAUGUGAAGUGUCUGGUUGAGGUGAAGGUGGAGUCUGUAGACCUGGGAAGCAGUAGGAACUGUGGUCCCAAUACUGGAGGGGGAGAAGAGGACUACUGUCCAGACGGUCUCUCCUUGGCUCAAACCAGGCUGCUGGAGGAUUGGAGGCAGCUCCCACUCAGUGACCCAGACUCAUUCACCCCCUCCACCAGCCACUCUCUAUCGGACUCCCCCAUCUUCACCCCAAACAUACCAGACUUGGACAUCCUAUCGUCUUCUACAGCUACAGGUCUCCAUGCAGGCUUUGGUAAACAACAGCAGUACCCACCCAGAGAGACUGCUGGGGCUUCCACCUCUCACUCACAUCAGAUGUACAGUCCUCAGAUAGGUGAAGUGAAAAACAUGGCUGCAGCACAGCACGUCUGCAAGAUCUGUGGAGAGAAGUUCCAUCUGUCUGAGGAGCUGCGGCGACAUCGUAGUCUUAUUCACCCAAAGGAUAUGAACAUGCUCCCCAAGCGCAACCUCUACCCCCCUGGGCGGAGCCCGUACCACUGCUCCCUGUGUGGUCGAGACUUCAACCGCAUGGAGCACCUGAAGAUCCAUCAGCGUAUUCAUACUGGAGAGAGGCCUUAUGCCUGCACCGUGUGCAACGCACGCUUCCGUCACUCUUGGGCUCUUACAAGACACUUCCGUAUUCACACAGGAGAGAAGCCCUACACUUGCAGCCAGUGUGGCAAGACUUUCCGAAACUGUGGGGGGCUGCGCUUUCACCAACGCACUCACUCAAUGGGAGGGCUCGGCUGAUAAGGCCUUCAUGAUGGACUGUAAAGGAUGGAAAGACAGGGGGCAAGAAAUGCACUGGGGAUAUACGCAGAGGGGGAAACAUUUACUGUUAUCAAAUCAAAUUGUCACAUGCACUGAAUACAACAGGUAUAGAUAGACCUUACAGUGAAUUGCUUACUUACAAGCCCCUAACCAACAAUUCAGUU